AUGGCAAAGGGUAAGGGUGCUUCUAAUAAGCUCCCAAAGAAAGAGGUGCGGAGAAUCGAGGAAAUAAACCGACAAACUGACCAUCGAGUUCCCCUUCCUGGAAUCGAAACGGGAUUUGACGAAUACGGAGUCGACGUUAGCGAUAAAACACAUGCAGAGCUGUCUCAAUUCAAGCCAUAUGCGGCUAGUUUGAGCACUAAGGAAAAGUACAGGUAUCACCGCGAUACGGGCCAAAUGCGUUCGUUCUUCGGCGAUGUCAGGUUUGGAUACAGGAGUACCAUUAUGGACGACCUGGUCAAUGCUUCGCUCACCGAAUCCUCGUUCAAAGGUUCUGGAUGGGGCAAAAUUAAGACUCAAUCCCAAGAAAAGGAUGGUUCUGGCUCUGAAGGCAAUGAAAAAGCUGCCUCGGUUGUCUUCUUCAAUUUCUCUGGAUUCUAUGUACUGUUUUGGAUGAUUGUGGCAUUUAUAGUGUUGAGGGUUGGAGUAGACUACUACUUUUCACACGAUGGGGACCUUUCACAAUCAGAAAUCCUCAAAUUCAUGACCACAGACCUUCUAUCCGUUGCGCUGAUCGAUUUGGCCAUGUACCUGUGCACUUUCUUCGUACUUUUCGUGCAUUUAGCAGUCAAACGUGGAUGGAUCGCAUGGAAGCGCACUGGCCGGUAUCUCACAUACGCUUACGAGAUUGGAUUUCUUUGGACUUUUCUGUACGUGGCAGAAACCGUGAUGCAAUUCCAUUGGCUAUCGAAGAUCUUCAUAUUCCUGCAUUCACUUGUUCUGCUCAUGAAGAUGCACUCUUUUGCCUCGUACAAUGGCUACCUAUGGGGGAUUCUUGAAGAAUUGAAAUUUUCGAAAAGCACCUUGGCGAAAGCUAAGGACAUUAACAUUGACGACGAUAUUAGAAUUGUCCUUGAGAAAAGCUGCGAGUUUUGUCAGUUCGAACUUGAUUUACAAUCCAUCUCUGUCAAAUUCCCUGCCAACAUCAACUUCAAGAAUUUCUUUGAGUACAGUAUGUUCCCAACCUUAGUUUACCAGGUGGAAUAUCCAAGGACUGAGAAGAUCAGAUGGUCGUACGUGUUUGAGAAACUUUGUGCGAUUUUUGGAGUCAUUCUGGUGAUGAUGAUCAUUGCCCAAUUCUUCAUGCAUCCUAUAGCGAUGCGUGCUAUGGCAGUAAGAGAUGUGGGAAUGCCAAUUUUCUGGGAUCGUAUUUUUGAAUGGCUAUAUUUGUUUUUGAAACUGGUUCCCAGCUUUAUCAUGAUGUACCUCAUGGUGUGGUAUCUCAUCUGGGAUGCGAUCUUGAACUGUAUUGCAGAACUGACACGAUUUGGCGAUAGGUAUUUCUACGGCGAUUGGUGGAACUGUGUUUCAUGGGACGAAUUUAGUCGCCAAUGGAAUGUUCCAGUUCACAAGUUUCUCUUGAGACAUGUCUAUCACAGCUCAAUUAGUUUUCUGCACUUGAAUAAAAUGCAAGCUACUUUGAUGACUUUUGUGCUGAGCUCGGUAGUGCACGAGCUGGCCAUGUACGUGUUGUUCGGAAAGCUGAGAUUAUAUUUAUUUUCCCUGCAGAUGGCACAGAUUCCUCUUGUACAGCUAGGAAACUCCAGAUUUUUGAAGUCAAAGAAAAUUCUGGGCAAUGCGAUUUUCUGGCUUGGCAUAUGCACGGGCCCCAGCAUGAUGUGCACAUUGUAUUUGACAUUUUAA